GCUGAGGCCUGAGGCAGGCUGGGAACUAGGCACUGGGCUCACAGGAGCUAGAGGAGCACGGUCCUCGGCCCAUCCUCUGCGCAGGCUGUGGACACACGUUAACCUCUUGGAAGAGCAUCUAGGAAGGUGUGUGUCACAUUGUUGUUGCCCCAGGUUUCCAGGAGAAACAGAGGGGAAAAUCCCUAAACCAUGCAGCCUCGUGCAAGUCUUGGGGCUGUGAACUUGGGUUGUCCCUCAGGGCAAAAGGAAGCUGACUGGUUUGAGGAGCUAGUUGGGAAGUUCUUUAGUCUGCCGGGCUUUAACCCUGCUCAUAAGCCCUGUGAAAGGAUCUCUUUUUAACCAAAUUUCUCACAAAGCCUCCCCUUCAAGGACCACCCUACUACAAGGGACAGGAAUAAAGGAGGGAAGACUGGCAGCUGGGGAUGAGAUUUCACGGUGGGCCCAACUUCUUGCAGGAUGACAGAAAAGGAGGUGCUGGAGUCCUCCUCUUUUCCAUCAGAGACUCGGAAGGGUGGGCUACAGCGGCUGAAACAGUUGUUCAGGAAGCAGUCUACAGGGACAAAGGAGAUGGAGCUUCCCCCAGAGCCCCAGGCCAACGGGGAGGCAGUGGGAGCCGGAGGUGGGCCCAUCUACUACAUCUACGAGGAAGAAGAGGAGGAGGAGGAGGAGGAGGAGGAGCCGCCCCCAGAGCCUCCUAAGCUUGUUAAUGACAGACCUCACAAAUUCAGAGAUCAUUUCUUCAAGAAGCCCAAGUUCUGUGAUGUCUGUGCCCGGAUGAUUGUGCUCAACAACAAAUUUGGGCUUCGCUGUAAGAACUGCAAAACCAACAUCCAUGAGCACUGUCAGCCCUACGUGGAGAUGCAGAGAUGCUUCGGCAAGAUCCCCCCCGGUUUCCAUCGGGCCUAUAGCUCUCCACUCUACAGCAACCAGCAGUACGCUUGUGUCAAAGACCUCUCUUCUGCCAAUCGCAAUGACCCUGUGUUUGAAACUCUUCGCACUGGGGUGAUCAUGGCAAACAAAGAACGGAAAAAGGGACAGGCAGAUAAGAAAAAUCCCCUAGCGGCCAUGAUGGAAGAGGAGCCAGAGUCUGCCAGACCAGAGGAAGGCAAACCCCAGGAUGGAAACCCUGAGGGGGAUAAGAAAGCGGAAAAGAAGACGCCUGAUGACAAACACAAGCAGCCUGGCUUCCAGCAGUCUCAUUACUUUGUGGCCCUCUAUCGAUUCAAAGCCCUGGAGAAGGACGAUCUGGAUUUCCCGCCUGGAGAGAAGAUCACAGUCAUUGAUGACUCCAAUGAGGAGUGGUGGCGGGGGAAGAUAGGGGAGAAGGUCGGAUUUUUCCCUCCAAACUUCAUCAUUCGGGUCCGGGCUGGAGAGCGUGUGCACCGCGUAACUAGAUCCUUCGUGGGGAACCGCGAGAUAGGGCAGAUCACACUCAAGAAGGACCAGAUUGUGGUGCAGAAAGGCGAUGAAGCCGGCGGCUACGUCAAGGUCUACACCGGCCGCAAGGUGGGGCUGUUCCCCACCGACUUUCUGGAGGAGAUUUAGGCGUGCUGACGCCUGCCAGUGGGAGAUACCCAAACCCCAUUCUGGGCAGGCCCAGUGGAGGUUGGGGAGAAAAGGGGCGAAAGCAACUACAAGACUGGGUUGGGGAGGGCUGGGAAGGCCACCGAAACGUGACGGGGCUUCCAGGAAGGGACUGGUUCCCGUCCCCCUCCCCCGCCGAGGGCGUCGGAUUCUUGGUGCCUGGAGCAGCCUCACUCGCAACCCUCAGGCCCAGCCUUUUUUUUCCAAAU